UUUUCACCAGUCUGGUUUGUUACCCUGUUUCAUGCUAUUAAACUUUUACCACCUUUUUGCAUUGCCACAGGUGGUGCUCUCAAGCCAACAGAUGUUGACCAACUGUGGGUUCAUGUUACAUGCGCCUGGUUUCAACCUAAAGUCUCUUUUCUAGUUGAUGCGACAAUGGAGCCAGCAAUGGGCAUACUGAGCAUCCCUGUAGAGUAUUUUAAGAAGACAUGCGUUAUAUGCAAGCAGAUGCAUGGUGCCUGCACCCAGUGCUGGAAAUGCUCUACUUAUUACCAUGCAAUGUGUGCAUCAAGAGCGGGAUAUCGCAUGGAGGUAGACUGCUUCUGUCACAUUUUGUGAUGGACAUUUAUGAUGACAAUUUUGUUUGUUUAUCCAUUUUUAUAAUUAAUUCAGCCUGUGCAAAUCUUAUUAAAUGAGCAUACAAUUAUUAUCUGCUCUACGAUUCGCAGUAUUCAAGCACCUACUUCUCACUAGGCUAUCACUUCAUUCUUAAGAUAGUUUGUGCUACUACCUUUUGUGUUUAACAUACGUCAUGGAAAAACUAACUUCUGUAACUAUUUCAUUUGUAUUAAUGUCCAAACAGUUCCAUUGCAGCUAACACUUAAUAUAACUUAAUGUGCUGUCCUUCAAGCAUAACUUGUCACAUUUGUUUACACAAUCCAUCCUUUGAUGUAA